AUGAAAAAGAACGGGGGAGUUGUGGCUUUUGUCCGCAGCAGUCUUUCCUACUCCAGAGAUGACAUUCUGUGGCUUCGCCUCUACUCCAAAACAUCACCCAAAUUUAUCUGCUGCCUUUAUCGCUCUCCCUCGGACCAUAACUGGGAUGGCCUACUCGAAUACCUCGCCGUAGUUCUUCUCGGUGAUUUCAAUGCCCAUAAUGAGCUUUGGUUGGGCUCAAACAAGACCGAUGCAGCAGGUCGUGCACUGGUGACGAGCCCUACUUUUUUUCCCCGCAUCUCCACUGCUGUCCUGUCCCCCCUGGGCAACUCAGACCACUGUGUUGUGGAGGUUAGGUUUCGGUCAGAACCCGCUGACGGGCUCAGAGACUUCUCUAGCUUUCCUCGGAGAGAUGUCUGUUUCACUGACGCGAAUGCGUCGGCUGUCUGUUUUUCGAUAACCGAAAUUAUCCACGUCGGAAUGGAGGAAUACAUCCUUCACACAGUAAAAGUGCCUAAACCAAGGUCCAAUAUACUUAGGCUCAGUUGA